UAGAGAUGAAACAAAUACUGAUUUUUGAAAAAACCGAAUAUCGAAUAUUCGGUGAUGUUACAUGACCGAAUACCGAAUAUUCGGCGGCCGAAUAGUGACGAAAGAGCCAUCUAACGCGGAACUGUUAAAUCAUUACAGUUCCGUAUAAGAUUAUAGUUUAUAAUAUUCAACUGUUCACUCACAUGUUAUGUUGUUUCUAGUUUGUAACCUCAAAAUAAGUAGUCUCAAAAAAACUGUGCAAUAUGAAUAAAAGAAGCAAAAUCUGGGACUUCUUUGAAAUACAUAGUGAUGACAAUACAAAAGCAAUAUGUUUACUAUGUAAAAUUCCAAUAUCACGGGGUGGUAUUGGAAAACGUGCUACUACAUCGGCAAUGAUCAAGCAUUUGCAAAACAAACACAUAACAGAAUACAAUGAAAAUUUUCAAAGUCAGUCUGCAGAAAAUAAAAAACAAUCAAAUAUUGCAGAUUACGUAAAAACUCAAAAGUGGAAUAUAAAUGAUAAGAAAUCACUAAAUCUGCACAAGGCAAUUGGAGAAAUGAUUGCACUAGACAAUCAACCAUUUUCAAUUGUAACAGAUAUUGGUUUUCAAAAGUUAAUGGAAUGUGCUGAACCACGUUAUAAGAUUCCAUUUAAAACAUAUUUUUCUGAAACUGUGAUACCAGAUAUUUAUGAGAAAUGUAGAAUUAAAAUUUUAAAAGAUAUUGAGAAUAUAAGCAAUUGUGCCUUCACUUCUGAUAUAUGGACUUGUAAUAUUUCUAAUGAGAGUUAUAUAAGCUUUACUAUUCAUUACAUAAAUGAAGAUUUUCAAUUGAAGCAUGCAGCAUUAAACGUAAAACAUUUUCCGGGCAGCCAUACAGGGGAAAAUAUAGCGAAAAUAAUCACAGAGAUGAUAGAAGAAUGGCAUUUAAAUGAUAAAAAUUAUAUAAUAAUCAGAGAUAGUGGCGCAAAUAUUAAAAAAGCUACCAAAAAUUUAGAUAUCCAGAAUGAAUCAUGCUUCAUUCAUACGCUUCAAUUAGUUGUGACUGAGGCUUUAAAGUCACAACGCACCGUCAAUGAUUUAAUAGCUGUAAGUCGCAAAAUUGUGACCCAUUUUAAUCACUCACCAGCAGCUUGCUAUAAGUUGAAAGCAAUACAAAGAGAACUGAAUAUGCCAACAUUGAAACUAGUCCAAGACGUGCAGACACGAUGGAAUUCGACAUUUUAUAUGUUGCAAAGGUUAUUUGAAUUAAAAAGGGCUAUUAGUAUUUUUACUAUAGAAACUGAAGCUAUAGUCAACCUAUCAUCACAUCAGUGGUCACUAUUAGAAAAUUGUUUAAAACUAUUACAGCCCUUUGAAGAGAUAACCAAAGAAAUUAGUUCCUCUGAAUCAAUCAUAUCUGAAGUUAUUCCUAUUGUAGCUUCUCUCAAGAAAUAUCUUUUAAAAGAAAUUUCAUUUUUUGGCGUGGGUACGAUGAAAGAUUCAUUAAUACAAAAUGUUAAUAAUCGUUUUAAUAAUAUAUUAUUAAAUAUAAAUUAUACACAUGCAACUUUCCUUGAUCCUCGUUUUAAAACAGCGUUUUUCGAUAACGACAUGUCGUCUAAGAUUAAAAUUGAAAUUUAUCAUAAGAUGCAAGAAAUUUCACAGGAACACGAAAUAUUGGAAAGUGAUGAUUUGAAUAAUAGCGAGAGCAAUAACGAUAUUGAUGAUGAAUCAUUGACUACAUUCAGAAGAAAAGAGACCAUUUGGACAUGCUUUUCCGAAAUAGCAAACGCAAGUGAUGCAUCAACUUCUGCAUGUGGGAAUGCAAUUUCUAAUAGGAAUAGUAGUAAUACCGAGAGUAAUACUAAGUCCUGUGAAAUUGAUACUUAUUUAUCCAUGAAAUUGAUAGAGCGGAUUGAAUCGCCAUUUUUAUGGUGGCAUGACAACAGAAAAAUACUGCCAAUUUUAUCUAAAUUAGCAGAAAAAUAUUUGUGUAUUCCUGCGAACAGCGUAUAUAGUGAACGUCUCUUUUCCAAAGCUGGAAUAGUUUAUGAGAAAAAAAGGAAUAGAUUGCUUCCAGAUAACGGCGAAAAACUAAUAUUUUUGCACCAUAAUUUACCAUUAUUAAAUUAUCAAUAUUAGUGUAAUAUGACUGACACUAAUAAUCCAAAUUUGUUGCAAUGACUGAUUUUUAUUUAUUAAUAUUGAAGAAUUUCAUUUCAUUUUUA